CUUCCUGACCGCUCCCUCUUCGGACUUCGAUCAAUCGUCAAAGUAAAGACGUCAACUCUGUGCUCUGCAGCUAUGGCGGGUACUCAGUAGAGGACUCCAAACUAGGGUUUUGGUUCUCUCCUCUCAAUUUCGUAACAGCCAAAAAGUCGAAAACCAUAGGAAAGCAAUGAAACCUUUCUCUCGAUUUUGCUCGUUAUUAGUCUGUCUCGGUGUUUUUCUCUGGCACACGGAAUCAGCUCCUCAAGCUUUUCGUAGAGAUCCGGGACAUCCACAGUGGCAUCACGGAGCUUUUCACGACGUCAAAGACAGUGUUCGUUCCGAUGUUCGACGAAUGCUACACUCUCGCGCUGAGGUUCCAUUCCAGGUCCCACUUGAAGUUAAUAUAGUCCUCCUCGGUCUCAAUGGAGAUGGGGGUUAUAGGUACGUUGUUGAUUCGCACAAGCUGGAGGAGUUUCUGAGAAGCAGCUUCCCAUCCCAUAGGCCCGCGUGCUUGGAGACGGGCGAGCCACUCGAUAUCGAACACCAUCUUGUCUAUAAUGCAUUUCCGGCUGGGCAACCAGAACUAAUAGCACUCGAGAAGGCAAUGAAGGAGGCUAUGGUUCAAGCUGGAACUGCAAGAGAGAGUGAAUAUGGGAGGGAAGUGCCUCUAUUUGAGGUAGAUGCAAUGCUUGUGGAGCCAGUAUUUCAGAAACUAUAUUCUUACAUAUUUGACAUGGAUCAUGGUGGAUAUUCUGAAGCUGAGAUGGUAGACAAGCCUGUGCCCAGUGUAAUAUUUGUUGUUAAUUUUGAUAAGGUCAGAAUGGAUCCUAGGAACAAGGAAAUUGAUCUUGACAGUCUAAUGUAUGGGAGAAUAAAUGAGCUUACCGAGGAAGAAAUGAAAAAACAGGAGGGUGACUACAUUUACCGUUACCGUUACAAUGGAGGUGGAGCAUCUCAAGUCUGGUUGGGCUCUGGCAGAUUUGUUGUAAUUGACCUCUCAGCAGGCCCUUGCACAUAUGGAAAGAUAGAAACUGAAGAAGGAAGUGUCAGUUAUAGAACAUUACCUCGGUUAUGGAAUUUAAUGUUUUCAAGAGGUUCAGUUGCUGCUAGUGUUCGCUCUACCCGUGAUUUGUUUUUGGGACAGCUUGGAGCUCUGAUUUCAACCACCAUUGAACAUGUCAUAGCUCCGGAUGUAAGGUUUGAAACUGUUGAUUUGACAACAAGGUUGCUUAUACCUAUCAUUGUUCUACAAAAUCAUAACCGUUACAAUAUCAUGGACAAAGGUCACAAUUACAGUAUAGAUAUCCAAGCAAUUGAGGCGGAGGUGAAGAAGAUGGUUCAUGCUGGGCAGGAAGUAGUAAUUGUAGGAGGUUCACAUGCACUGCAUCGCCAUGAGAAACUAGCAAUUGCUGUUUCAAAAGCAAUGCGGGGUCAUUCUUUACAAGAAACGAAGCAGGAUGGACGUUUCCAUGUUCAUACCAAGACAUAUUUGGAUGGUGCCAUACUCAAAGAAGAGAUGGAACGGUCUGCUGAUGUGCUUGCUGCUGGUUUGCUUGAGGUUGCUGAUCCUUCUCUCUCAAGUAAAUUUUUCCUCCGCCAGCAUUGGAUGGAUGAAUCAGAUGGUUCAAAUGAUACCAUAAUAAAGCAUAGGCCUCUUUGGGCAACUUAUGCUCCUAAACGUGGGAAGGAUAAGAAAAAGAAAAGAGAUGGAAAACCAGGGAAUCUAUACCGGACUUAUGGAACAAGAGUCAUUCCUGUCUUUGUACUAUCGUUGGCUGAUGUUGACGCAAACAUUUUGAUGGAAGAUGAAAGUCUUGUAUGGACAAGCAAGGAUGUUGUUAUUGUCCUUCAACAUCAAAGUGAAAAGAUACCUUUGAGUUAUGUAUCAGAAACUGAGAAAAGGUAUGCUUUUCCAUCACAAGCGCAACGACACAUCUUGGCGGGUCUGGCUUCUGCAGUGGGUGGGUUGAGUGCACCUUAUGAAAAGGCUUCGCACGUACAUGAGAGGCCAGUUCUUAAUUGGCUCUGGGCGACAGGAUGUCAUCCUUUUGGACCAUUCUCAAAUACUUCUCAGAUCAGUAAAAUGCUUCACGAGGUCGCUUUGAGGAGCACAAUAUAUUCUCGUGUUGAUUCUGCACUUCACAAAAUUCGGGAUACUUCGGAGGCUGUCCAAAUUUUUGCUGCAGAAUAUCUGAAAACACCGCUUGGAGAGCCAGUGAAAGGCAAGAAGAACAAGUCAAGCACCGAAUUAUGGCUGGAGAAGUUUUACAAGAAAACAACGAACUUACCAGAACCUUUCCCUCAUGAGUUAGUUGAACGGUUGGAGAAAUACUUAGAUACUCUUGAGGAACAACUUGUCGAUCUAUCUGCAUUGCUGUAUGAUCAUCGGUUAGAAGAUGCACAUUUGAACAGCUCAGAGAUACUUCAAAACUCUAUAUUUACUCAGCAGUAUGUAGAUCAUGUUUUGGCGACAGAGCGGGAGAAGAUGAAGUGUUGCGACAUUGAAUACCGGUUUCCUGUGCAGUCUUCUCAGGCUUUUGUCUAUGGGGGCAUCCUUAUUGCUGGAUUCUUUGUGUAUUUUAUCGUCAUUUUCUUUUCAUCUCCUGUCCGCUGAUCUGAGAUCCCAUUGACCCUUGGAAAUUUUUAUUUUCUGUGAAUGUACUGGCUAACAUUGGGGGAGGGGGGAUGAGGUUGACCUGUUUCAUAAUUAAAAACAAGUUUGUUAAAGUGUAGCAUAAUUAGUGGAAAAUGUUGAAAAGAUCCAGAGCAAUUUUGUGAGCACAUUCUAAUAUCUGACUAAUACAAUUUGUGAAAACCUUAUUUUUUUUUUUGGUCAA